ACAGUGAGCGUGAAUCGUCGCACACGCCGAGCGGCAGGCGCGUGUUCGGUUGCGUAGCGGUUUUUCUCAGGUCGCGUCACAGGGUGAGAUCGCGCGGAAGCGAAGGUUGCGCCCGUGACCGCGCCCGCCCGCCGCGGCCGUCGCGAUAACCGCCCGCCGUAGUCUCGCAGUAUCGCGCCGCGCUUGCUCAUCCUCGGACCUCAACCUGCGUGAACCAGUGGAAACCAGUGCGCCGACCCCAGUGUAGUGAUGUGCUCGCAUUGAACUCUGCCGAUGAUGUGCAGGCGGUGUGUGUGUGACGUGACAGAACUGAGUGCGACAGGAGACGGACGGCGGCGGCACCUGCGACCGUAGCCGACAUGUGGCUGCUGCUACCACUGCUGGCGCUGGUGGCGCACGCCGGUGGAGCCUCUUUUACACCCAACAAGGAAUUGCUAGAGUGUGCGAGCCAGAUCCUGUACAUGGACCAGCACUCAUAUCAAAUUCCUACAAAUUACAACAGAAACAUUCCACCGGGUAAAAACACAACCGUCUACAUAGGAGUGAACGUCAACCGGGUUUCUGGAGUUGAUGAAAAUAAAGAGGAAAUAACACUUGACGUGUUUUUGCAAGUAUCAUGGGCAGAGAACCGACUCCACAUGCCUUCGGGCAUGCCGUUCAUUGACCUGCCCUGGGAGUUUCGACAGCUGAUUUGGACACCAGAUCUGUACAUCUGGCAACUGCAGACGAUGAGGAUUAUGUCAGUGCUACAGGAAAUGGCGUCGCUGAGGCUUUAUUCCAAUGGCACUGUCUCAGUCAGUAUUGGAGCGACUAUCACAAUCAAAUGUGAAAUGGACUUCGUUUUAUACCCACUGGACGUACAAAACUGCGCUAUUGACUUCGGAAGUUACAAGUACACAUCAGAGGACGUGCGCUUCGAGUGGCGCGAGGUGGCGCCGUGGCUGGGGCUCGGGCUGCUCGGCGUGCAGCGCAGAGAGUUCCGACUGCCCAAAUAUGUUGUCACAUUCGCCACGGACAAAAGUAAUCUUAUUCGCAAUUUUGGUGAAGGCGAACAUUCAGCCGCGCGUUUGCAGAUAAAGUUAUCGCGCGAGCUUCGCAGCUACUUACUAGAGAGCUACUUGCCAUCGUCGCUGUUUGUCAUCAUAUCCUGGGGCAGUUUCUGCGUGAUUCCAGAAAUUGUUCCCGGUCGGAUGGUGCUACUGGUGACCACGCUGCUCUCCCUCGUCACCAUGUUCGAUACAGUCAGUACAAACUCGCCGGACGCGUUGGAGCUGAAAUGUAUCGAAGUAUGGUUAAUCUCGUGCACUAUGUUCGUGUUCAUCGCGUUGCUGGAGUAUUUCGUGGUGCUGUUCGGCAUCAGAUACGACAAGAGCUGGAGCCGGCGGCGGCAGGACCUGCGGCGCGCCGCCUCCGCCGCGCAGCUCGCUCCGCCACCGCUGCACGUCAAUCACUCACAGCGGUUGGGAACGCCGGUGACAGGAACGCCGCAAGGAGGCGUGUUCUCUCCCACGCUUAGCGUCGAGGACGAAGGCCUCAAACAACAGUUUGAACAUCAAACUAUACAAAGGUUAUCCCAGUCGGGAAAAAGGAAUUGGAGACAAAAUAAAGUUGGAUGUGAAACAAGGUCACAAACAGUUAGCAAGGAUUCUCCAAUCCUGGAUUCAAUGCCGCCAAAUGGUGGUCCGAGCAGUUUUAUAACGCGAAUCGCCGGGAUGGCGGACCGCGGCGUGAUGUUUUGUGGCGCCCAACAUGGUGCGCUCGAUAAAUACGCGCUAAUGGUGUUCCCUAUCUGUUUCCUACUGUUCAACGUUAUUUACUGGACGACAUAUCUCAGUGAAGCGCAUCGUGUUAUGCACGAUUAAGACUUGCGUGGUUGACUAUGUGUUAUUACAGUGCCUAAUUAUAAUAUUUGAAAAUUUGUAAAUAAAUUACUAUAUUUAUAGUUACAAUGCUAGUCGAAUCAAGUGUAUUAAUGUAAUUAAUUUAUUAUAAAAAGGUACAUGUUUAUUUUCGAAUCAAUUCAUUAAUAUUUAUUGUAAUUAUACCAAACUAUCUCAUAAUAAUAACUGUACUUAUUAUGGAAUAUGUUCUAGACGUCAAUGUUGAUAACAUGAAUUAUGUUUUUUUACCAAAAACUGUAUCUACUAAUUAUUAAUGGCGAUAAGGUAUUUAUUCAAACCGUAAGUAUAUCUAAAAGAGUUUAAAGGGACCACGAAAGUGCUCAGUACAAAAAUAAAUGUAAUAUCGGAUGCCUUUCACACUGGGUGCCUUCUACCAGAUACUUUUAUGUGGGAAUUAACUAGAGAAAAAUUACAUAUCAAUGUUACCUAUAUUGUAACCUAUAACCGUUUAUAUGAUUCGAUUUUAACAGUAAAAUGACUAGUAUUAUGCGUUAUAACAAUAGCCUGAAGAAAUUAAGUAAGACAUACAAUAUUACUCCAAAUAAAAAAGACAAGAUUUAAUGAUUUUGAUGACACAAAUUGGGAUAUUAGCGUACAAGAGAAAUUCAAUUUCUUUGUUACUACUAAAAAAUUAUCUAAGUACAAUUAAAUUGCUUAAAAGCUUUUCCCAAAUUGAGUGAUUAGAAAGCUUGGAUCAUAUCCCACCUCAGCCAAUGUGGGUUGGUACUAAACAUUGACUCCACCAGAAUCUUAUUUUUUGACCAGCAGCAUUAUGUGCUAGAAAUUUAUUAGCAUCAAGCCACUUAAUAAUAGAAAAGAUGAAGACAAAAGAGAUGAUCGAUGAUUGAAUUUCGUCAAUCAAGCCAUUUAAACUAAAAAUAAUAAGAAACAAAUCCAAUCAUUUACAAAAUACGAGACCAGAAAUAAACACUCAGUCAUAUCUAAGUAGGUAGUAGUUGUUUCCUAAGCCGGUGCCUUUUUUACCAAUGCCACUACUGUUGUCUUGUUUUAACUCUUAAGACAACAGUCGUUUACGACUUUGGCCCAGUGGACCUACUGGGUAUUAAAUGUCUCCAGGUAAAGUGCUUGACGUAGCGCAAUCUCAUGGAGAUGGUGCUCCCAGCAAAACGGCAGACUAACCAUAUUUUUAGAGCUAUCUAUUCGAUAUUUAUAAAACAUUUAGAAAAAAAAAUUAAGUGUCAUAUUUCUACAUUAUUUACUUUGGCUGUUUAAUUUUUUUUUUUAUAAUGUAGUUAUUGUUUCAUCGAUUUCAUAAUGAAAAUGCUUAUUAAUUUGUCAAUUCCGUGCACUUUCCAAAGUACAUAUCAUAUUAACUUGCCAACCAAGACAAUUCAAUAAGGAACAUUUUGGUAGUUUAUAAUUUAUAAAAAGACGUAAAAAAAUUUUUAAGCAAUUUAUACAUAUUCUCGCCCGUAAUUGUUCGCCGUAACUGUAUGGGACAGAUGCCUUAAUUACAGGAGAGGAGGGCCUUAACUAUUUGGUAAUUAGGGGUCCAGAUUGGUGUUACUAGUUAUAAAGGGCACAGAUAAAACUUGCCACAAAAUGGCUUAGUAGUUCGUCUCGUUAUUCAUUUGUAUAAAAAAAGCAAAAAGAAACAACAUAAGUGCAUACAUUUAUACGUGUCAAACCUAUAAAUACCUACUUACAUAGGUGGAUAUAGAGCAAAUGUAUUAUAUUCGACUUAAACUUAUAGAUAAAACUGUUUAUCUUGUGUCUUUAGAUCAAUCUUUCACCAUAAUAUCGACGGUUGAAAGGCAUUAUUUACGUAAGCGACAUUUUUGCGACACUAAAUUUCAUACAUAUUUAAGAACAGCACUUUAUUCUGUUUUUUUAACAUAGUUAAAUUUUUUUUCACCUUUCAACCUUCGAUAUGGUUUACCGGGUAUGCAACUUCUCUGCCGCUGUGUAGAUCAAGUUCAUUUUUAGAUGUAAGAAUGAAUGAUUCUGUAUGAUACGAAAUAGGUGUAGUUUAAGUUUUAGACAAUAAGUAAUACUUGCUAAGUAUUUGUAAAUAUGUAAAAGGGUACUGCCAAAUACAUACGUAAUCCAUACUAGUUUUGAAGUUAAGUGUAGAUGAUAGUUUUGGUUGUAUUUUAUUUCUGAGUAUGCAGUAUCAAUUUACAAAAAUAUGUGAGCGACAAUCAGUGGAGUAUUAGUCUUAUACCUAUUCCUCAGGAACAGCAUAAAAGCAAAAGAAAAAGAAACGGGAUUACUAUCAAUUAGAAACAUCGCUUUCCCUGAAGAGCUGUUAACCUCUAAUGUGUAAUACUCAGAGCUGUAUUAAUACUUGCAACUUAGUUUUGCUUUUAAAUACGUUGUCAGCUGAGAACGAGUCAAAUUAAAGUCAGCAUCUUAAGGGCAUCGGUAUUUGAUAAACAGAUAUCAACAACAUCUCAAAUGAUAAGUCACUGCAUAAUUUAACUAUUCAGGUAGGCCAUAGGAAUCAGAAGUAUUUUAUGAUUCUGAUUUUAAAUAAUAUUGAAGUUCCUAUAUAAAUAUAUACUUUAAAAGCAAUUUUAAUAAAAACUGUUUCUGAGGAUAAUAAUGUAAGAAAACUAAUGAAAGUAUAUAGGUGAAUAAACAUAUUUUUUUAUGAUAAACUAAUUGUAAAGGCAUACUACGGACCUACCAUUUUAACUAUUUGUAGACAGUAAAAAAUUAUUACACUACCUUAAUUGACGGAGGCAUAGCUAAAAUUUAAGGGUACUUGACAAAACUAUUGUAUAUUAUUUAAUUUGUAAGUCAUCACCUACCUGUAGUGCCUAAAUUGACUGCUUACAUAUCUGACAUGAUUUUAGACUACCUACCUAAAUAAAUAAAGGUUAAAUUUUGUAAUUUGUUACAUAAGUAGAUAACGUAAACCGAAUUAUAAUAUUUUUUUUUUUAUAAAAUUCAAUCAUCGUAACUAUAAGUAGAUAAUCAAGACGCCAAUGGCCAGUUGUGCCUUGGGUUCUUACGAACGUGUUUGUGGUAUGAGACAAUGAUUAAUGUUAUUUCGCCCCUAGUCAUAGGAAAUUAUGAUCUUAUUAGUUAUUAAGUUAUUAUUUACAUAGAUAAAUAAAACAAUUGUUUUCUUCGUCUCAUUGAACCUACUGAAGCACAAAAUAUUUAAUUGCACAAUAUUAACGCAAAUGUUAAAUGUUAAUUAAGGUAACUUUCAAAGCGAUGAAUACAGUAAGGAUCAUGAUAAUUAAUGUAAUGACCAUUGGAAAACAAUGAAAAUAAUUUACGUGAGCCAUAUAUGCGAUUGUUUACGUAGAGACUGCUACCAACCCCUACUAUCCUUAAUCUCCCUAUUCUUGAGGUUAAAAUGCCUCCUUUGUUCAUUUUUUUGUCUCCCGCUUUGCUAUGGAGGGAAAUGGACGAUUAAUAUUUCCAACUCCUCCCUGUCUUUCUAUUUGAUUAAUUUUGUUGCGGGAUAAUGAGAAAUUUGUGUUCUCUGUGACUCGCCGAGCUUCACCGCUCGGUGUCAUAAAAUGCGUGCCACUGCUGUUCCUGGCUUACAGGAGUUGUAGUGGUGGGUGUGAGGGCGGAAAAGUCUCUCUUGCCAACCUCUACUUUCGUUUGCCACGCGAUCUGAUCAAAUAAUAGUGUGUUACCUAUGAAAGUUCGCCAUCCAUGUGAAUUAAUACAAAAUUUACUAAUAAAUAGUAUGAUCGAAUUUGGUUUGUAACAAGAACUUGAUAGCAAAUGAUUCAGAAUAGUAAUUUGGCUACAAUUUUAAAUAUUUUUAAUGUUGUAUGUGGGAAAUACAAGUUACCUGUAAAAAGGAAGAUCUGCUUUUUAAUCCAAUCAUAGUAAAUAUUAAAUGAUUAUACAUAAUGUAUAUUAAUAUCGAAUAUAAUGUAACUGUUAAAGUACAGUAUUACAUUGUCAAUGAAAUAGGGAAUAUUAUGAUGUAUUGUAAAUAAUGAAAUAAAAGACAUUAUUUUAAUCAUCUAAAA